GCGUUUUAAAUGUGAACUUGUUUAUUGGCGCCUCUAGACGUUCAAUCGGACAAAACAACUAACCUGCUCGUUGCUUGAUUGUCCACGUUAUCAAUUGACCGAUUCAACACAGGACUUUUGAUUUUUGGUCCCAGUGGAUAAACUCCAUCGAUCACUGUGAAUGGCUGUGUUCGAGAUCAAUGGAAACGCAAUCAAACAGGAAAAUAAUCAGUUUCAAACGUGACCACCUGACAGUAUUUAUAUCGCAUCCAUGGUAGAAAUAUACAUUUCGUCAGAAUUGUUUGGUGACAGCUCGAGUGAAGAUUAUUCCUGUUUUCAUUAAAAGUACAAUAGAACAUAUCAUUGAAAAUGAUUCCGGCAUGUGAUACUCUGAGGAUCCUUCAUUUGCCUCCGCAACUUUCUGACGACCGGCGUGAUGCAUUACUGCAGAAAUAUGGUGCAACCAAGACCAAAACGAUACGACCGUCCAGCAAGUAUACUGUUACCUUCGCCAAAUUUCCAUCCCAACAACUGGCAGCGGAGGCACUGCUGCGUCUGCAUCAAUUAAAUGUCAGAGGACAAUAUCUGUCGGUCGAAUAUGCUAAGAGAUCAUCUGUUGAACUUGCUGAACUUUCGGAGCAAGGCAUCGAACACAAAUCAGUGAACAACGAUGCAAAAAUGGAAACCGUCAGUAAGUCUCAUGUACAAGCAUUCCUAAGGAAAUUAAACAACUGGACGAUGAGUCACGAAUUCAGUCAACCGCCUCCGCCGAACAUAAGAUACAAAUACAUGACACCAACGAGAAGUACAUUAACAAGGAUAGCCAUACAGUUGUUAAUCCAACCAGCUUUUUAUACGCAGGUGUUGCACUUGAUGAAUAAGAUGAAUUUACCUCCUCCCUUUGAAGAAUUAGAAACAGAAUUUCCCAUGCUUAAGGAAGUGUAUGAUAUGGAGAAAUACAAAGAUAUAUUUCACGACCGCAUGAACGAAGAGGAAACGGAGGAAGAAGAGUCCGAAUUAGAAUCAGAUGGGGAAGGUAAUGCUCGACCUCUAGAAGUUAUCCCUAUCAAGAGAAAACGGCCGCAACCUACAAAACGUUUGAAGAUUCCAAAGUUUGUGAACCCCGCUAAACACAUUGCGAUUCCUUCGUCCACUCAAAAAGUGCUCAAGCCAGAAGAUAUGUUCGAAUCUGUUCAACGCGGGGAGACUAAAAAUCUCAAGAUUGAAUUAAAAACUCUGGACAAGUCGUUGGAUACAACGUCUGCUAGUCAAGAUAACCCUGUGACCAUAGAUGGUGGUUUUGGUUUAAUAUUCCCGGCUAGUAAAACUACUGAGGACGCGAAGGGCAGUGAAGAGAAUGUUGAGAUGCAAAAAAAUAAGUUUAUAACUUCCGAGGAAUUGGCGGCUAAUAAGAUAUCUGCUAACGAUCAGAGAUUGCUUCCUGUAUUCAAAAACUAUCCCCCGGGCAAACCUUCUAAUCGCCUCUACAUAAAAAAUCUUGCAAAGCAAGUGGAAAUGAAGGAUCUACAUUAUAUUUACCAAAGAUAUGUUAUUGCUGGACUGAAAGACGCCGAGAAUGACUACGAUGUACGCCUUAUGCAAGAGGGCAGAAUGAAGGGGCAAGCCUUUAUAACUUUACAAAAUGACGUACAGGCGAAAAUGGCUCUCGACGAAACGAACGGAUAUAUAUUAAAAGAUAAGCCUAUGGUUGUACAAUUUGCCAAAACUGUUAAAAGUUAAUGCAGAGUAUGCGGAUCAUCUCAAGGAAAAUUUAAUUUCAACUUAUUUUAUAUUAUAAUUAAAAUGUUAGUUUGAAAAUUUUGCCUAAAAAAAUAAAUUAUUAGAAUAAACGAUGCAAAUGUCCUUACAGUUCAGACUUCUACGUCUGCAGUUCUACGUCAAGUUUAUUCAACAAUCAACAAUCAAAAGUACCUAAUUUGUACAUGUAGACUUCAUUUGAGUAAGCGUCCAACAUCAUCUAGAAUGUAAA